AGGCCCUUCCCCAGGCCAUCCAUGUCUGCCACCUUGACUUCCAGCAAUGUGAUCUGUUUUAAUGGCUAUGCAGAGCCCUUUUCAACAUGCCUACAGCCACGACAUUUGGUUCCCAGCCACAGCCCAGAGCAGGGCCCUUGUCCCCGGCAUGGGGUCACGCUGGUAACAUCAGGAACCUGCAAUCCAUGGGACGGCCAGCAGUACAGCACAGACCACACCGCCAUGAAAAGGGAGGUUUCCUUGUUCUGCUUCAGCCCCUCAGCGAGCCCCUCUCUGCCCGGCUGCAUCGCUCUCCUCAUCACUCUCCAGGUUCACCGUCUGGUGGCAGCCCAGUUCAGAGUGAUUGGACCGGACCAGCCAGUUGUUGCCUCUGUGGGAGCAGUCGCAGUCCUUCCUUGCCGCCUCUCCCCUGCGACGAGCGCGGAGAGCAUGGAGGUGCGGUGGUUCCGGUCCCGGUUCUCUUCAGUGGUGCACUUGUACCGGGGAGGUCGGGAUCAGCCUGGAGAGCAGAUGCAGGAGUAUCUCGGGAGGACUCAGCUCCUGAAGGACAACAUCACCUCUGGGAGCGUCUCCCUAACAAUACGCAGGGUGCGACUAUCCGACCACGGGCAGUACACCUGCUUCUUCCAGGCCGGUGUCUCCUAUGAAGAAGCUCUGCUGGAGCUGCAGGUGACAGCACUGGGCUCUGACCCCCACGUCUCUGCUGAGGGUCACCAGGACGGAGGGAUCCUGAUGGUGUGUCGAUUGGCUGGGUGGUACCCAGAGCCCGAGGUGCAGUGGAGAGAUCACCGUGGGCAGCCGUUACCACCCGCCUCUGAGAAGGUGUUCACAGACACUGCCGGGCUGUUUCACACGGAGGUUUCUGUUGUGAUCAUGGCAGAGUCGAACCAGAACGUGACCUGUGCUGUCAGGAGCCUGUUCCUGCACCAGGAGAAAACAGCCACCAUCAGUAUUGCAGGUCACUUUUUCCCCCGGCUCUCCCCCUGGAUGGUGGCUCUGGCUGUGAUUGUACCCAUCAUGUUGGUGGUCAUUGUCCUGAGCAUUUUCUACUUCCGCCGUGCAAAAGUGAAGUACAAGGAAAUGGAAGUGACGUACAAGGCAGUGGAAGUGACGUACAAGGCAGUGGAAGCAAGAUACAAGACAGUGGGAGGUAAGUGACUUUUUACUGCCUCUACCGACACCGGCAUAGUUGAAAACACCCUGGAAAUCAAAC